AGUGAAGUCGCUACGAUUUUUUUUUCGCAAAGUUGCAGCCCUUCAAAAUUACUGUUGUUUUUGGCCUUUGAGCCAAGUACCGGCCGGUGGGUUUAAUGACUAAUCAAAACACGAGCCAGGAGCUGAAAAACGUGCGUGCACGCGCGCGUGUGUGUCCACAAACACUAUUGCCAUGGCUCUACUAUGGCUUCCAGUACAAUUAGCUUUUUGUCUCGUAAAAUGAACGCACUAGCGUGCGUGCCAUAUGUUCCGCUUAAUUAUAAACAAACUGCAGCAAAUUAUAAAUAAACGGCAGAGUUUUUGCCGUUGAUUUUAUAAUUAGAACUUUUUGUUUUUAUUUGGACAUAUGCAGGAGCAAUCGAAAUAGGAAGUAUCUAUAAAUAAGCUCCAUGUAUAAAUGGAAUAUACAUAUAGCUUUAUUAUUAUAUGAACAAACUAUAAUAUAUAUACAUAUAUCCUUCAGUAAAACAUUGUAGCCGCGUGCAUAUGUAUGUGUGUAUGUUGAUAUAUCAUUCUCGCGCAUAAAAGUAAACUGAAAUGGAAUUUGAAUAGCUUUUCAUUGUAACAAAAUUUAUUCAAUUUUUUAUAUUUUAUAUUCAUACACUUUAUUAUCAUUUUUCAGCUACGCCGUUCGGCCAAGUACCUAUGCUCGAAGUAGAUGGAAAGAAAAUUGUCCAGUCUACAGCUAUCUUCCGCUACUUGACAAAACAAUACGGUCUUGUCGGCAAGAACGAUUGGGAAUCUCUAGAAAUUGAUUCUACCGUCGAUACUAUACAUGAUUUACGCGCCAAUAUUACGGCUUAUCAUUAUAAAGACAAUGAAAUAGCUAAAGAAGAGAAACUCAAAAAUGCCAAAGAGAAGGUGCCGUACUACCUGGAACGUCUGGAUGCUCAGAUAAUAUAGGUAUAUAGAGAACCACAUCCUUUAAUGUGAUAAAUUGAAAGAACGAGACCGCGUUGACAUUCAAACGCUAUACAUCUUUGUGAAAAAUAUUAGGCAAGUAAAUUGCAUUGCAAAGUUUUA